UCGAAGGAACUGCUGACUGGGUGUCGUUAUCUGCGUUUACGUAUAGCCUCUUGAUUAGAUUUACGAGCUUCAGUUCGAAUUUACAACUUUGAGUCCAGUACCUUAAAGUCUGGAGCUCAUAUUUAUAGAUUUAGAGUCAAUCAAGUUCCUUUAAAAUGUCUGGCUUUGACGAAAAUCCCUUUGGGGAGCCCACGGUGGACAACCCUUUUGCGGACCCUGCAGUGCAGCAGGCCACCAGCGGAGUGUCUCAAGCGCAGAGAGGUCUAGACGACUACAAUCCUUUUGCAGACCAGCCCCAGCAACCAAAACCAGCCCAAGUUCGGGGUGCUGCAAACCCUCCUCAGUAUCAGUAUCCGGGAACCCAGAACACCGUCCAGCCUGCUAUCAUGCAACCCACGCAAGAAACGCUUCCACCCGCUUAUGCAAGAAGUGGACAGCAAUCGCAGGAUCCAAACGUGACAGCAGAAUUUCAGAGACGGCAGGAAGAACUCGAGAGGAAAGCUGAAGAGUUGGCGCGCCGAGAGGAAGCUUUGAAGAAUGCACCAUACAAUGUGCGGCAGAACAAUUGGCCCCCACUCCCUCAGAGCUGCUGCUUUCAACCUUGUUUCUAUCAAGAUAUCAAUGUAGACAUUCCUCUUGAGUUUCAAAAAGUGGUUCGCAUGCUCUACUACAUUUGGCUGUAUCAUGGCGGAGUGCUACUUCUCAACGUCAUUGGAGGCUUAAUCCUGCUCUUCUACGAUGGAAAAUUCGUGACGUUUGGAUUGUCAAUAUUCUAUGUGUUCUUGUACACACCCUACUCAUUCCUGUGUUGGUACCGACCAGCGUACAAGGCGUUCCGAGAUGACAGCUCCUUCAACUUCAUGGUUUUCUUUUUCAUGUACUUUUUCCAAUUUCUCAUCACCAUGAGCCACACCAUCGGAUUCACCAGCGGCGGCGCCUGUGGAUUCAUCAUGGCGAUUUCAGUAUUCAAUGAUGGUGGCACUGGAGCUGGACAUAUCAUCGUUGGGAUCUUGGUCCUCAUCAUUGCACUCUGCUUCGGAGCUGCUGCUUGCAUGGAUAUUCUGCUUCUCACUAAGGUUCACGCAAUCUACAAGAGUUCUGGAGCUAGUUUUGCUAAGGCGCAGGCGGAGUUUGCGACUGAGUUCAUGAAGAAUGAGCAUGUCCAAGGGGCGGCCCAGCAGGCGGCUACUGCUGCUGUGCGCACCCAGGUCAACAAUAUGACCAGUGGUGGCAAUCGCUUCUAGUGCAAUCAAAAUCCUGAAAAUUCCACAAUACUUGUGUGUACAUAGCUACGAUGAUGUUAUAUUUAUGAUAUCUUUCGCCAGACUCUUCUUUCAGUUGUUGGCUUGACUUUGAUUUAAUUUAGUAUUGUUUUUGUACACAGAUUUAAUUUUCUAGUGAUCAAUAAUGUUUUCAAAUUAGCCAAAAUAUCUAGGUAUAUUUUGACUUUAAAGCAUUUCAAAUUCCCUAGACAUAACCUCAACCUUACACCAGAUAUAACAACUAUAUUCUCCUCUUUCACACAAAAAUAAUAUUUUAAAAUAUUUUCAAAACACUUCAUUAUAAAAUUAAAGCUUAUUAUAUUACAAGAACUUUAACAAACUAUUACAUCAUAAAACAAAAGUAAAUAAGGUGAUCUAAUGUGAGAAAUGUUAAGUUAUUUUCAAUAAUGAUGUUCAUUUUCACAAGUAUAAGUGCAUUAUUAUCAUUUUUUUGUUGAACAAAAUAUUUAUGGUGUUUUAAAAAUGUAUACUUGUGUCUAUGAAAUACAAAUAAACUGCUGUGGAAAUGGAAAAUA